CACCUCUUUUCUCAGAAAAAAAAAAUGGCUUUAACACUUCAUUCUUCCACCUCAUUUAUCAAAUCCAAAGAUAACAGAAGUUCUAGAGCUUCUGAUGAAUUCACUAGUGCAGUUAGCUUUACUCAGACGAAACAGCCAUCAAGCCAGCUCCGAGCAACGCAUGUAGCCCAACUUUCACCGGCAGAGGGAAUCUCCUCCCAUUCAGAAGCAAUGAAUGAGCUGGUGGAGAAACUUCAUGGAAUGACAGCUCUUCAUAGCCACAGCAAUUCGAGGGUGCCUGUUUUCGUCAUGCUACCGCUUGACACGGUAUCUCUAGGAGGGAAUCUUAACAAACCAAGAGCAAUGUUAGCUAGUUUGAUGGCCUUGAAAACCUCAGGAGUUGAAGGGGUCAUGGUGGAUGUGUGGUGGGGACUGGUGGAAAAAGAUGGACCUCUGAAAUACAACUGGGAAGGCUAUGCUGAGCUCAUGAACAUGGUCAAGAAGGUCGGUUUGAAGCUUCAAGUCGUCAUGUCUUUUCAUCAGUGUGGAGGAAAUGUUGGAGAUUCUUGCUCUAUUCCUCUACCACCAUGGGUACUUGAAGAGAUUAGCAAAAAUCCUGACCUUGUCUACACGGAUAAAUCAGGUCGUCGCAACCCCGAGUAUAUAUCCUUGGGUUGUGAUUCAGUAGCUGUGCUUAGAGGAAGAACACCAAUCCAGGUCUAUUCUGAUUUCAUGAGUAGUUUUAGAAAGAGAUUCAAGGACUACAUUGGAGAAGUUGUAGUGGAAGUUCAAGUGGGGAUGGGGCCCUGUGGAGAGCUGAGAUACCCUUCCUAUCCAGAAAGCAAUGGCACUUGGAGAUUUCCUGGAAUAGGGGAAUUCCAGUGCUAUGACAAGUAUAUGAGAGCAUCACUAGCAGCAGCAGCAGAGGCAGUUGGGAAAGAUGAAUGGGGACAACGCGGGCCUCAUGAUGCUGGACAAUACAACCAGUUUCCUGAAGAUACCGGCUUUUUUCAGAGGGACGGUACAUGGAAUAGUGAGUACGGGCAGUUUUUCAUGGAGUGGUACUCCAGUAAGCUACUUGACCAUGGAGAAAAGAUCCUCGGAGCAGCAAAUAUAAUAUUUCAAGGCAGUGGAGCCAAACUAUCCGGAAAAGUGGCCGGGAUUCACUGGCAUUACAAGACAAGGUCUCAUGCAGCAGAGCUAACAGCAGGAUACUACAAUACCAGGCAUAGAGAUGGCUAUCUACCGAUAGCAAGAAUGAUGGCAAAACAUGGUGUAGUCUUCAACUUCACUUGUAUGGAGAUGAGGGACGGAGAGCAACCAAACGAAGCUAACUGCUCGCCGGAAGGUCUAGUCAGGCAAGUCAAGAUGGCAACUAAACUUGCAGGAGCAGAGCUGGCAGGAGAGAAUGCACUGGAGAGGUAUGAUGGAGGGGCAUUUUCGCAAGUGUUGGCGACUAGUAGAUCGGAUUCAGGAAAUGCAUUGAGUGCAUUUACUUAUUUGAGGAUGAACAAGCGGUUAUUCGAAGCAGAUAACUGGAGGAAUAUGGUUGAAUUUGUCAGAAGCAUGUCUGAAGGAGGUAGAACCACAAGGCUUCCGGACAGUGACAGGGUCGGGACUGACCUGUAUGUGGGAUUUAUCAAGCAAAAAAAUAUGAGGAAGGAAAGUGAAGCAGCUCUCGUAUAGUUGCACACAUGUAUAUAUGUAUAGGUUCAUAAGUAAGACAAACAUAUAUUACAAGAAUAUACAGAUCCAUGUAGAUUAAGCAUAAGCCAGACAAUGAAUAUGGUUGCAGGACUAUCUCGGUAGAAGAUGGGAAAGAAUUAUGAGCGCUCGAAGCAAGACAUAACUGUUCCAAAAGGGCUGCAGCUAAAGGCAACUCCCAAAAGUGUUCAGUGAGAACUGGAGAAGUUCAUUUGGCUACUGCUUCUGUGCAUAAAGCAUUUCUAUUUGUUCUUUCUUUAUGCCUCUGGACAUUUGAUAAAUGUGUACCUAUUUUUGGGAUUAUAUGAAUAAUUGGAUUAUAGGAUUUUCAUGAAGAAACAAAGCUCAUACCUGAUCUAUGACAGUCGUAUGAAUAAUUGUUUA